CCUUUUAUCCUUGCAUUAGUUUUAUGUCAUGAUUAUGAAGUAUCCUCUCUGAUAGAUCACAUGGUAACCUUGUUACAGCCACACUGCACAAUUUAUUACAAUUCACAGCAAAGCCUUGAAAGAUGUGAAGAAUUUUACAAGACUCAGCUGCAUUAAUGGCGACAGACGGCAAGGCCAUGAACUUGGGUCCAAAUUUCAGGUAAAAUGGGGCAACUUUUAUGAAGAAGUUACCCUUAAACGUUUCAUCUUCCUCUUCUUCUUCAUGUGAAUUCCUUAACCACACAAUAAGUGAUGAGUUCCCGGCCAUCAUAUUUCCUGUGAUUUGUUUGAAUAUGUGUUGGUAUAUGAUGUCCAUAGCUGGUCUUUAUAUGCCCUUUUGCUUCAUCCUCUUGAUUAUUCACCAAAGUUUGAAAAGAAAAAGGAAAUGAAAUCCAUGAAGAGGGCUUCAAUUGAUCAUGUAGUGGUUGUACUUGUCAUUGUUGGCCUUCUAGUCCAAACAGUAACAUCCGCCAGGCACAUUACUAGAUCAGGGAAGGGAAUUAGGAGAGGCGAGACAGUGAAAAUUGCAGGGUCGAGGUUACCAGAUUGCUCACACGCUUGUGGGUGGUGCUCGCCAUGCAGAUUAGUGAUGGUUAGGUACAUUUGUGGUGCUGCAGUGGAAGAUUCAGAGACGUGUCCAACGGCUUACAAGUGCAUGUGCACCUUUAAAUCCUUCCCUGUUCCAUGAUUUCUGUCUCUCUAUCAUGUACUAGUAAUCUCACCUUUCAGUUUUCAUCUCUGAAAUCAAAUCAUUAUUUCUAUUGGUAUUAGUAUUAGGCAUCAUGUAACAAUUGGGAGAAAUGUUUCCUAUUCUCCCACAAAAGUGUCAAUGUUGGUAUUACUGUGGGAUUGUAUUUAACUAACCAAUUUAUAUAUAUGCGGU